CGCAGCGGCCGGGCGCUCGGCUCGGGUGCGGCGGCGCCAGCGGGCAGCGCACCCAGGAUGCUGAAGCGCUGCGGCCGCCGCCUGCUGCUGGCGCUGGCGGGGGCGCUGCUCGCCUGCCUGCUGGUGCUCACGGCCGACCCGCCGCCGCCGCCGCCCGCCGCGCGCGGCCGCCGCGCGCUGCGCAGCCUGGCGGGCCCCGCGGGGGCGGCGCGGGCGCCGGGGCCGGGCGAGGGGCGCAGCCUGUCCGAGGUGCGGAGUCUGUCCGAGUACUUCGGCCGGCUCACCCGCGCGCGCAGGGACGCGGGCCCGCCGCCCGGGGGCGCCGCCCGCCCCCCGCGGCCCCCGGCCGAGCGGCUGGCGCCCCGCGACGUCUUCAUCGCCGUGAAGACCACCCGGAAGUUCCACCGCGCGCGCCUCGACCUGCUGCUGGACACCUGGGUCUCCCGCCACCCGGACAUGACUUUCAUCUUCACCGACGGGGAGGACGAGGCCCUGGCCCAGCGUGUGGGCACCGUCAUCAACACCAACUGCUCGGCCGCCCACAGCCGCCAGGCCCUGUCCUGCAAGAUGGCGGUGGAGUACGACCAUUUCAUCGCGUCCGGGAGGAAGUGGUUCUGCCACGUGGACGAUGACAACUACGUGAACGUGGGGGCGCUGCUGGGGCUGCUGGCCGGCUUCCCGCACGCCCAGGACGUGUACAUCGGCAAGCCCAGCCUGGACCGGCCCAUCCAGGCCACCGAGAGGCUCAGCGACAACACGAUGCGCCCCGUCCACUUCUGGUUUGCCACUGGCGGCGCCGGCUUCUGCAUCAGCCGAGGGCUGGCCCUGAAGAUGAGCCCGUGGGCCAGCGGCGGCCGCUUUGUGAGCACGGCGGAGCGCAUCCGGCUGCCGGACGACUGCACGGUGGGCUACAUCGUGGAGGCGCUGCUGGGCGUGCGGCUCACCCGCAGCGGCCUCUUCCACUCGCACCUGGAGAACCUGCAGCAGGUGCCGGCCGCCCGGCUGCACGAGCAGGUCACCCUGAGCUACGGGACCUUCGAGAACAAGCGGAACGCCGUCCAUGUUAAGGGGCCCUUCUCGGUGGAGGCCGACCCUUCCAGGUUCCGCUCCAUCCACUGCCGCCUGUACCCCGACACGCCCUGGUGCCCCCACACCGCCGGCUUCUAGGCUUCCAGCCGCACUGAGACCGUCCGGCCCCGCGGGCCGCCCUGGCGUGGCGCUGGCGCCGGCCGGGCCGUGCCUCUGUGAGUGUACGUGUGCCCGCCGGCCGCUCUGCUCGGCGAGGAGCGGGCCCAGCCCGGCCACGGUGAGGGCGGCUCUGGGGGGCGGGGUCCGUUGGGCAGAAGGGGGUCAGGGCUCCCUGCCCGCUGAGGCCCUUGCCCGGAGCCGCCAGGACAGAAGCUGUGGCUGGAGGACCGUUCCCCCAGCCUCGGGGUCGGGGGUCCUCCCCUCAGAGUCUUGCCUUUGUCCCCCGACGGGGGCAGAGCUGAGCGUGUUCUCUCCCAAGUGGAGGCCAGUCGCCCACAGUGGGCGUGUCUGUAAAUACGUGGCAGUGUUUUUACUGCGCUGUUUCAGGGGGGCGGGCUGU